GGACAAGGUCUACUCGUCUCUGAAAAUAGCUCAGGGUGGGAACUCGAGAGUGCGGUUCACCCGGCGCUGGAAAAACACUCGCCGUGGUUGUCCUGGGCUGCAGGGAUUGCAACAUCAACUGUCCUGUUGCCACCACUCAGAUGUGAUCUCACCCAUGGUGCUUUCAUUCAGGCGAGCAGCACCUACCUGAGGGAGACUCUUCAUGCUCAGAGGAACAAACAUACCUGUUGAUCUACAACAAAUAAACACUGGACUCAUGGGGGAUCUGAGGCAUAAGAUGGGGGUCGUGUCACAGACGAUAUGCCCGACUAUGCGGGCUCCGUCCGAUGAGGACCUAAAGGCCCCAAAUAAUGUGAAAGUGGAGAAAAUGCAGAUGAAGAGAGAGAUCUCCCUCAUGAACGGGAUCUGCCUCAUUGUUGGCAACAUGAUCGGCUCCGGGAUCUUCGUCUCACCGAAGGGCGUGCUCAUGUUCAGCGGCUCUUACGGGCUGUCCUUGGUGAUUUGGGCCGUCGGGGGCAUCUUCUCAGUGUUCGGGGCUUUGUGCUACGCGGAGCUCGGCACAACCAUCACCAAGUCUGGAGCCAGCUACGCUUACAUCCUGGAGUCGUUUGGAGGCUUCCUGGCUUUCAUCCGUCUGUGGACAUCCAUCCUGCUGAUCGAGCCGGCCAGCCAGGCUGUGAUUUCGCUGACCUUUGCCAACUACCUGGUGGAGACUUUCUACCCCACCUGCCAGGCGCCGUACGAUUCUGUCCGGCUCAUUGCUGCAGCCUGCCUCUGCAUGCUCAUCUUCAUUAACUGUGCCUACGUGAAGUGGGGCACUCUGGUCCAGGACAUUUUCACGUACGCCAAACUCAUGUCGCUCUGCCUCAUCAUCAUUGUAGGAAUCCUAAAGAUAUCUUCUGGAGACACAAAGAGCUUCCACAACCCAUUCGAGGGCUCGUCCACAGAUCCCGGAGCCUUAGCCUUGGCCCUCUACUCAGCUCUGUUCUCCUACUCCGGCUGGGAUACACUCAACUUUGUCACAGAGGAGAUUCAGAAUCCAGAGAGGAAUCUUCCCCUGGCCAUUGCCAUUUCCAUGCCCAUAGUGACCAUCAUCUACCUGCUGACCAACGUGGCAUAUUAUGUGGUUCUGGACAUGCCGUCUCUGCUGGCCAGUGACGCAGUUGCUGUGACAUUUGGGAACGCGGUCCUGGGGCCGUUCAAGUGGAUCAUCCCUGUUUCGGUGGCCAUGUCCUGCUACGGAGGGCUCAACGCUUCUAUCAUCGCUGCCUCACGGUUGUUUUUCGUCGGGGCCAGAGAGGGCCACCUCCCCGACAGUCUGAGCCUGAUCCACAUGGAGCGCUACACACCCAUACCUGCGCUGCUGUUCAAUGGGCUAAUGGGUCUGAUCUUCCUGUGUGUGGAGGACGUGUUCCAGCUCAUCAGCUACUUCAGCUUCAGUUACUGGUUCUAUGUGGGUCUGUCUGUGGCCGGACUCAUCUACCUGCGCAUCACUCAGCCUGACAGACACCGGCCCGUGAAGUUGACCUUGUUCUUCCCCUUCAUCUACUGUCUGUGCAGCCUGUUCCUAGUCAUCGUGCCUCUGUACGGAGACACCAUCAACUCCCUCAUAGGAAUUGCCAUUGCACUGUCAGGCGUGCCGGUCUAUUAUGUGGCCAUAUACCUGCCUGAGGAGAGGAGGCCCAAAUUCAUCCGCAAGUUGAACGUCUUUGCCACCAGAUUCAUCCAGAAGCUGCUCUACUGCUGCCUGACUGAAUUUGACACUGAGACAGAAACACAAGCCGGCGGCAAGACACAGUGAGCUACAGGCGAUCCGCAUCGCUUCAGCAGUCAGCUUUCUGCUGGAGGCCUCGCUCUCACCCACGUGUUGACGUUCAUGUUUUCCUCGAAUGCUGAAAAACAAGACCUUUCACGGACAGAGCGGCGAGGCGCCGUCUCACAACAUUUGUGAGAGCUACCACUGGCGGGUCAGGUUAAAAAGAGGCCGGACAUCUCACAUGACACACCAGGAAGGAGCAAACUGUUGCUUUCUUUUUAAAAUGUGAUGUACUUUUCUACAAAGAUCAAUGAACGUCUUCUAUGAGGAUAUCAUUUAAAAAAAUUUAAAAAAAAAAACAUUGUUCACGUUAUGUUUUUUAAACUUGUGUGGAGAUGAAAGCUGAUGACUUUAUUUCUGAACUUGUUUUCAAUAAUCACACAACACUGACGUCUUCCUCCCCCUCACUCGGUCUCGGCUCCGUGGACUCUACUUCUGAUCACAACCAGUUCCUUCAUCACGUGGGCGACUCGCAUAUGAGCACUUUUUCACUUUUCCUUUUUCAGUUUGUUUCAUUUUUGUGUACUGAAAAGAGUAUCAUGUCUACUCGUCCAUUGCAAAGAAGAAAACAUUUGCUUUAUAAAAUGUAUCUAACCUAACUUUUGUCUGGCUGAAAUUUGAUUAUCUGAUCGUCGUUGUGGAAAACUCUGCAAAUGUGGCUGUGGUUUUCUGUGAAGCAGUUAAAUACCCUCUAAAGUGUCACUUUAAGUGAUUGAUUAGUUAGAAAUUGCAAUUAGAUUAUUAACUUAACACAGUUUGUUUCAUCUUUUGUAACCUCAUAAUCACAGUUUUUUGUUGCUGCUGGUCGGUAAGAAUAUAUUUUGACCAUUUCAGUGAAGCUUGACACCAAAACCUGUCUCAAACCACUGACAUUACAGGGAAAUAUGUGACUCAUGCACCGAUACUUGACAUUUCAGUAAAAAGUACCCGAAACUUGAGUUCAAGUAAAGAUGAUGUGUAUUAUCAAGUAUCACCUCAUUAAAAAGUGAAAUUGUCUCCAAUAUGAAAAGCACAUGUGAAUAAAGUCUUCAAUAGUAUUUGAUACUAAUUCUACUUAAGUAUCAAAACUACAAGAAAAAAGUAAAUUACACUUAUAUCUAUAUUAUAUAAUAUGGCUCUGGUACAGUUUCAAUCUGCAAAGUAACUACAAACUACAGUUGCUAAAUUAAUGUAGUGUAUUAUCAAGUACAAUAUUUACCUCCAGACUGAAGUGGAUGGGACGUACAAUGUAGCACAAGCUGGAAAUACUGAAUUAAAGGGCAAGUUCCUCAGAACUGCACGAAAGUACGGUGUUGAGUAAAUGCACUUGGUUACAUUCUAUCAUUGGUUGUAAGUCACAAACAAAAAUGUGUUUGCUUUCAG